AUGGAACAAAAUGAAGUUAAACAACCACAGCCACCUUCCGGAAUGCCAGACCUGCAGGCUCUACGCCUAGCAGCUCUACAAACUUUGAAAUCUAGGAAGGGAAAUAAUAUUGAGAAUGAAGUUGAGCAAAUUCCGAAAACUGAUAAUGAUAGCAACCUACCAUCACAAGAAAAAGAAAUAGAAAAAGAAAAGAUCAUACAAGAUAUGUCGUUGACGUCGUCUCAAGAUGACACUUGCUCAGAACGCGAAGAGGGCGAGUUAUCAGAAACAGAAUCGUCAACAGAAGAGUUUCGAACUCGGUUUGGUCAGGAAAAGAUUGAGUCGCAGAAUAAUAAUGGUGUUUUGAAUUUUUUUAAUGAUCGACAUCUAGGUAAUAGCGACUUGAAUUCGUUUGAUUAUAUUGAUUAUCGAGGCUCGCUAGACGAUCUAACCAGAAGUAUAGUCUCUCAAAUAUACGCUGCGGGUGGUACAGCUGAAGAUAUGCUUCGGGAAGGGAUACCACUAGACAUUAUACUAAGAUUUUCACAGGAACUAAAGAUGCCUAUUCCUCCUUAUUUAGAGUCCAUGGCUUAUUCGCAACGGUUUGAAAAUUCAAGAUCAAGAGGUGCAAGCGGGAUAGGUGGAAUGGGUGGAAUGAUGAUGCCGAUGAUGGAACCUCCAAACACCAAUAACAUUGCAAUAGGAGGAAUGGAUGUAUAUAGUAUACACACUAAUCACAGUCAUACUCACAACAACGGCCUUUCGUCAUUAUUUUUAUCACAUUACCAGCAAGUUCCUCCGUUAAUAUCUCCGACGAUAUUAUCAUCAUCAACUGCAAAUUAUAAUUUACCGCCGUAUAUGUCAUCAGGUGAUCCACUGUCUCGUAUUGCAAAUAUCAAGGCUUCAGUAUCACAGCAGCAGCAUAAUAUGAUAGACUUGGACCCUUAUGGGCCAUCAUCUCGAUUGAAAGACGAAAAUGGCAUAAAUAAUUAUGGACAAUACUUUCACAAUGCUCCAAUUAACAACGGGGGUGGUUCCACUAAUAAUACAUUAUUACAAAAUGUCUACCCUGAACGAUUGGAAAUAAAGUCGAGGAGAAAUUCUCAACCUCAAUUCAUGUCAAACGUGUCGUUAGGGACUCACAAGAAUAUGGUAUUGUCAGAGCGAGAGGUAGCACCUACUGUAAAUAAUUAUCAAAAUUCAACAAUAACGGCGGCGGGUGCACAACAACAAACAGCAAGAUUUUUCGAGGAUUCACACGACAACUUGGAGCAAUUUGUCCCAAUAACACCGAAAAGCGAUAAACCAAUCAAAUUUCUACCUACUAAUUCUACAACACUAAAGUCUGCUGGCAUUGAAGCAUCAAUAGCAACUCAAUUUCUACCACCAGUGUCAUCAUCAUCGAGAGAUACGAAUUCAUUAAUCCAACAACCGCCGCAUACUACUAAUAAACACCCCAUUGAUUCCCGUAUUAAAGAAACAAAUAUUUCCAACUCUGCAAUAGAGAAAUCGUCUAACGGUUCCCUACCACAAGCGCCGACAGCAUUAAUAAAUUUGAAAGGUGAAUCCCUAAAUUUCAAUAAUUCAGGCAGUUCAACGAACAACAAUAAAAAUCUUGUUCAGAAAGAUUCUAUCCCAAUAACUAAAAAUAACAAUUCUUCAAAUGUUGCAUCGUUGUCGUCGCACUCAUUAACCACAAAUAAAGAGUCAAUCACACUUUUAUCAAUCCCUCCGAUUAACAAAAAAGUUGCACCUAUUAAUUCAAAGAAUGCUAAAGCUGCAGUUUCUACAGCCAUAGAGACAACACCUGCGACAACUGCUGCUACUUUUAUUAAAAACAAUAAUACUAUUGUUCCUCUCUCAAUACGACAGAAUGAAGCAUAUCAAAAAAAAUUCGCACCAAAUAGACGGACUAGUUACAUCAUAAACUUGAGUGAUGAAUCCGAUAACGAGCAACGCUCCAAAAAACAGUCCGGAGUAAUUAAAAAUUCAUUGAACAUAAAGGAGUCCUCUGUCAAAGCAAGUAUUGAAAAACUUGAAGCGAAAACUCAGCUAGAGAAAAAAGAGCGCGAAAUCAAAGAGUUACAACAAAUGAUUAUCUUAAAAGAGAAACUCAGAAAAGCUAAAGAGAAUUCUGCAACGGCCUCUGCCCCGACGGUUUCCUCCGUUACUCAGUCUAAUUCUUCGACUGCUGCUGUGGUGUCUAUUGAAAACAGUUCCACCGCGACUUCUAAUAAUAGCGACAAUAAUCUUAAUAAUCAAACUAUUUCAACUUCUUCAAUUUAUACCCCCAUUAUACAAAAAGAUCCUUUAUCGAAUUCCGAAAAUCAACCUUUUUCAAUUUCGUCAAUCUCUCCUGUCUCAAACACUUUAUCGUUGAUCUCUAAGGUUCGAGAGUAUAACUCAGCAUCAUCAAUUUCUCCUUCGAUUCAUAAUGUUUCUCAGAACCAAGCUAUCCCUGCUACACCAUCCUCUGCUUCUAUUCAAAAAGAGCCUGAAACAACCCCUACUCAAUCUAUUGGAACAUCAUCGUCUCCUGCCAUUUUCCAAAAAGUUUCUCUGGGGAAUCAUGAUUUUUCAACAUCUCCCGCGUCUGUUCAAAAAACCCCCACAGCAAUUUCAGAUCGAAAUGUCUCAACAUCAUCAUCAUCUGAUUCUAUCCAAAAAGUUCCCGCAAUAACAUCUGAAAAACAAUCAAUUUCAACAGCAUCAUCGCCUACAUCUAUUCACAGCACUCCUAUAAAUAACCCGAUUAUCGCAACAUCAUCUGCUGCCGCUAUUCAGAAAACUCUUCCUUUGACAAUUCCUGAGAAUCAAUCAUCAACACAUUCUUCAGUCAAAAGAGCUUCGAUAGUAACCACUUCUGAGAAUCAUCCUAUAUCAAUAUCAUCCUCUGCACCUUUCCGAAACACUUCCUCUUCUAUUCAUUCGUUUAAAAUUAUAUCAAAAUUACCAGCUUCUGGAUCUAAACAAAAAGCUUCCAUAAUAACACCCGCUAAUCAGUCACCAGCACCUGUGAGUCAUAAUACCUCUACUUUCUUCGUAACCAAUUCUUCCACGAUUAUUGAAAACUUAAUUUUAGCUUCCGAUAAUACUGCCCUGAAACUCAAAGCUGACUUGGAUGCAGCAACAAAAGCUUUAGAUGAAAUGGAAAAAGAAAGUGUGUCAAAUCAAAGUAAACUCUGUGAGAUACAGAAACAGAUUAAAGAACAGGAGUCAAUAAUAACUACAAAUGAGAGUAAGAUUAAGGAACUUCAAGCUCAAGUCUUAAUUGAAGAGACGACUAAAAAUGAACUUACUGCCUCUGCCACUGUUCACGAAUCGAGAGCUUCAGAGAUUUCCGAAAAACUCACCUAUCUUAAAAAAAAUAUAAAAGAAACUAGAGAAAAAUUGACUCAACAUGUAAAUCAAGUCAAGAAAAAUCUAAGAAAGACUCUUGGCGAAAGCAAAGAUAAUAAUCUAAAUGCGAAUGGAAAAAGGAAAACAAACUCUGCAGAGGCAAGUUCUGUUAAAAAAGUCAAGGCGAAAUCUGAUAAUAAAAGCCAAGAUGUGCUUGAAUUAGUCAAGAAAAAAGAGGAAAUUGAUAAAUUACUGGAAGAGAAUAGGCGGAUGGUAGCACAACAGAAAGCUCGAAUGGAAGUAGUAGCCAAAGGAAAAAACGCACCAAAGAAAAAUGAGUCUCAAGAAACGAUUGAUUAUCCUCACUUCAAGCCUUAUGAAUCACCAUUGAGACAAUUUCGAUCUUAUCGUUUCCAUCCAAAUUAUUUGGAAAUGGUCUCAGACGGCUAUAAAUCUCUCACUUUUAGUCAUAAUAUCGAGCAUCAAAAACCGUUCUGCGUAUUUGAAACAUUCCCAGGAGGCGUAUGUAAUGAUGAAUAUUGCCAAUCGCAGCAUUUCAGAGAUAUAACAAUGACUGAAGAAAAAAUUAUAGCCGAUAUGGCUUCAUAUGUUGAAGGCACCGACGUUUUUCUUCGACAAACAUAUCGUAAUGAAGUGGCACAACUCAUAAAAGAAUACAAAGUUAAUGGUGGCACCGAUUUCAACGGUCUCAUUGGAGCAAUAGUCGCAUAUCGUCGAGAUUUUCUAGGAAAGAUCGAGCGAUAUCAAAGUUUUGAAUCGCCGCGCAUUAUUUGCUUCACAAAAGAAAAAAUGUACUCAGAUGAAGACACUUCCAAUGAAGCAGAGCAAAUUAAUGAGACUCCUAAUGAGCGAAAAAGUGUUUUGAACCGCAUUGCUAAUUGGUUUGGUUUGAGUUAA